GCAGGAGCCGCUGUUAGCAUAGCUAACGGUUAUGUCCGCUGACCAGCGGCUGCCAGCUGGAGUAGAAGCUGCCGCUUCUUUUGCCUUAUUAGCCAGCCGAACAUUAGAAUUCUGGUUGAAUAAAUUUGAAGCAGAGAAAAUUAAUUUUCAUCGCAAUUUUUAUUACUGCGUUGGAUAUUAAAAUAAUCGCAGAAUGGGAAUGUGCUUGCCGUGCCUUGGUGGAGCAGCGGACGACGUUGUCGUCACCCCGGAUCCAGAGACAAGGAGGAGGCAGUUAGCAGAAGCUGCUGAGAAAAGACAAAAAGAGACAGCAUACAGGGGGGUCAAAAAUCCAGAUGCAGUUGAAAGGAAAAGGAAGAAACAAGAAGAAGUCGAGAAGCAGACAAUGACCACCUCUGUAUCCGGCGGUGGCGGCGGAUUAAAGUGGCAGGUUGGAUGAAAACCCAGAAGCGAAGUAAGACCUGGAAAGUUGGAAUCCACAUGGAGUCAGUCUGCUGGAUUACUUGAAGAA